AUGAAAAUAACGCUAAUCUAUACUACUCUAAGGUUGAUCCUUUGGGCUGUAUUAGCAUUCAGUUUAGUCUCUGCGCAGGGCGUAGAUAAACGUAAAAUGAAACCGAUGCCAUCAGAAUCACCAGAAGAUCCUAUGCCACCUUCACAAUCGAUGCCUACCACCGUCACUGUCACCAAAACCUUAAUAUCGACACAAGCUUCAACAACGAUAGUGUCCCCCACAUCAACACCACCAUCAGCAACCGAAACACCAGUUCAAAAUGCUGAUCCAAAUUCAACACAAACCUUACCAGCCGACCCAAAUUCAACACAAACCGUACCAGCUGAUCCAGAUUCAACACAAACCGCACCAGCUCAAAACUCUGAUUCAAGUGAUGUACCCGGUACAACCGUCCAAACAAAUGUUGGGCCAAUAAUUGCAGUAUCACUUGUUGCGUUCUUUAUCAUAGUCUUAUUGCUAGCGGCUCUAUUUUUCACCAGACGAAAAAAACAACAAAUAAAUAAUUAUAAUAUUAAAGCAGAUCAAGUACGAAUUCCUGAAGACAAUGCUUAA